UCAAUCACAACAGUGUUUACAAAUUGUAAGGCUGCAUGACCACACUCUCACAAUAGUAUUUUUUGUAGCCCACUUUCAAUCAUCCGAUUCGCGGUUCGUUGCAUAUUCACUCAUGAUUGGAAAAAAGGCAACUUGUUCCAACUUUCCGGUAAUCAUUUGAGCUGAUUUGGAGGUGAAGAUGCUUUGUGCUUUAGAAUGCGUAGCUAUCAUUCUAUUGUUAUCUGUUUCUCAUACUACUUUGCAAGCCAGUGGAAAUGAGAUCAAAACCGAUGUGUUUCUGUCGCCUAAAUUCGAGCUAGGGCCAGGAUCAGUUGCAGAUAAAUUCUACUAUGGGAUUGAUUUCCCGACAGGCCAUAUUGCUAUCAAGAGCUUCAAUGCCGAAGUGGUCGACGACAAAGGGAAAUCGGUCCCCCUUCACGAAACCUAUCUCCAUCACUGGGUAGUUGUAGGUUACUAUAAAAGGAAAGGGGAAAAUGCUCUGGAGCGCUUUGGUGAGUCGGGAUUGUUGCAAUCAGACUCUACUCUCAUUAGAAAUAGCGGGAUGUGUGAUCACGGCCUCGUGCAGUAUUUUGGGCUCGGGUCUGAGACUCGAAGGACAGCUACUGACGUCCCGGAUCCUUAUGGCAUUGAGGCUGGGAAUCCAGCGGACGUGCCUGCUGGACACGAGGCGCGAUGGAUGCUCAAUGUGCACGCGAUUGACACUCGCGGUGCUGUGGACAAGCUGGGCUGCACCGAGUGCAGGUGCGAUUUGUACAACGUGACUGCAGAUGGAAACGGUGAGGCAAUGCCGGUGGAUUAUAUUGGUGGCUUGAAAUGCUGCCAUGAUGGGGUUAGAUGCAGAGUUAAGCGAGGGUUUAGGGGUGAGAGACGAAGCCUCUACUUGAGGUACACGGUCACGUAUAUGGACUGGGAUGCAUCCAUCGUGCCUGUGAAAAUUUAUAUACUCGACGUCACUGACAUAUGGAGAAAGGCAGAUGAAUCCACAGGGCUCAAAGCUACACAUCGUUGCUUGAUUGAGUAUGAUGUCGAACCUUGCCCCUUUGGCGCGGAGAAUGAUGGAUGCAUUCAUACCAAAAGCCUAACUAUUAGCUUACCAACCGGUGGUGAUGUUAUCUACGGUGUUGGACAUCAGCACGCGGGAGGCUUUGGUUCAACUCUUUUCAGGGAGGGAGGAAACGUCAUAUGCUCAUCGGUUCCAACUUAUGGGACUGGACACGAACCUGGAAACGAGGCUGGCUACAUUGUCGGGAUGUCCACCUGUUAUCCUUCACCGGGCAGUGUCAAGAUUUCGGCAGGGGAGACACUAACUCUUGUGUCUAACUAUAGCAGUUCACAGAGACACACAGGAGUUAUGGGACUGUUUUACAUCUUGAUUGCUGACUCGUCAGCGAACACGGGUGCAGUCCAGCAUUCUCCAGCACAAGUGCGUAUGAAUACGAUGGCAUCCUAUCUUGGUUGGCCUUUUGAACUGUUUGGAGUUGGUCUCGUUGUGGCUCUCGUGCUUAUUUACAGUGGUCGGAAUGGGUACGAAGAAAUAUAACGGAACGAGUGCUUCGUCUACAUUUGGUGAAUAAGUUGUUUAGAUGUAUGCUUAUUGUUGAUUCAUGAUAAAGGUUUCAUGUAUUGUAUUCUGAUACUGAAAAAUAUAAUAACCUGGCCCUUAUUACAGAAUUGAAAUUUGAAAUACAUGAAGUGAUAUAAUAUAAGAGAUCUUCUAUAAAAUGGACUAUAGUAAA